AUGCGCUCGCCCGCUUUUCCACCGAGGAGGCCCUCUCACCUCAUCCGAUACAUUUUCCCGGCCGUGCUCCUCCUCGGUAUCUUCUACUACCUCUCUAAUAAGCCCCAAGAGGUCCAAACACCUAAUUCCUAUUUAACUUCCGAUCGCGAUUCCUUCAAAUCCUCAUUAUCGUCAUCCCCCCCCGCUUCUUACGACCAUGGGACACCUGACAUUGUUGAUCAACCCGCCAAGAAUCCGUCUACCAAUCAGAAACCUGUUCACGGAGAUCUGGACGAUGGAAAUAAAGACGACGAAGACAAGCCAGUACACGAAUCGAAACCUGUCCAACCCGUCCAACCAGCUCCGCCGAAACCCGCUACGGACCACCCUAUCGACCAGCUAAUCAAAAUUGCUGAUAAAGAUUUCAAAGACCUGCUAACCAAGGAGUCGAACACGCUGGCCGAAGCUGCCCAAGCUUAUCGUAAACGUCGCGGGCGGCAUCCGCCUCCAGGUUUCGAUAAGUGGUACGAGUUCGCGAAGGAGAAUGAUGCAGUCAUAGUCGAAGAUUUCUUUGACCAGAUUUAUCACGACCUAAAUCCAUUUUGGGGGCUGGAACCUUCUAGCAUUCGUGAUGAGGCAUCGGGCUACGAGAUGGUUAUUAACAUACGCAACGGCAAUGCGAGUGCCGAGAGCGAUUGGUUUUGGACUCAGAUCUGGUUAGACAUGAUUCAAACUAUCGAGCAUUUGCUACCCGACAUGGAUAUCGCUCUAAACGCAAUGGACGAGCCGCGACUUGUAGUACCGUGGGAGGAUAUCAAUGCCUACAUGAAGAAGGAAAAGCAGAGCCGAAUUUUGAAUCCCGCUAAAAGUAUCGUCAACGAGUUCCAGAAGUUGCCACCCCCGGUUAAGCACGAGGACAAGUCUGUUCAUACUGUCGAUAAGGACUGGGAAGACACAAACCCGUACUGGUUAAUCGCUCGUCGAGGUUGCCCUCCUGACAGCCCUGCCCGCAAACAGCCCGCCCUUAGUUCGUUCGACGGCAAACCUAGCUUCUCCCCGGAGUGGGCAACACCCCAUCAAUAUCAAGGAUAUGUGGCCAACUCGACGCUCUCGGCCGAAUUUUGCCACCAGCCCGAUCUACAAGGACUUGAAGGUAUCUUUAUACGGCCCCUCACAACGUCUGCGACCAAGGUUCUCUUCCCGAUGUUUGGAGGAAGCAAGCUGGCCACUAACAAUGAAAUCCUUCUUCCGGCUCCCAUGUAUUGGAACGAGGAGGAAAGAUUUACCGGAGGAGAUGACCAUGGGCCGUCGUGGGAUAGCAAGAUCGGCCCUCUCAUCUGGCGUGGCGUGGCUACCGGCGGCCGCAAUACUGAAUCGAACUGGAAGGGCUUUCAGCGACAUCGAUUCGUCUCGAUGAACAACGGAACUAAGCUCCAGCGCGCCGAGGAGGAUAUCGAGGCGCCAAUCAAUUUCGAACUGCCUAGCGCGACCUACGGUCUAGCGGCGCAAAAGGAGAGGCGAUUGGGUGCGUGGGUAUCGCAGUGGUCUGAUGUUGGCUUCACCGACCUGUUCUGUAACCCUGACGUAGAGCCCGAACAGAAAGACGGGCACUGUAUAUAUACUGAUGAGCACUACGAAACGGUACUCGGCCAGAAGCUAGCGGUUCAGUUUUACUACAAGUAUCUUCCCGACAUUGAUGGCAACUCAUUCUCGGGGCGCUACCUAGGCUUCCUACGAAGUACGAGUUUGCCCAUAAAGAGCACGCUCUGGCGCGAGUGGCACGACAGCCGUCUAGUGGCCUGGAAGCACUUCGUGCCGAUGGAUAACCGAUUCAGCGAUUACUAUGGUAUCAUGGAAUAUUUCCUCGGCUACAACGACGGCGUUCCUGGACACGACGAAGUAGCCGAGAAGAUCGCGACGGACGGAAAGGCCUGGGCUGAAAAGGUGCUCAGGAAAGAAGAUAUGCAAAUCUAUGUGCUGCGGUUGCUGUUGGAGUAUGCGCGAAUCGCGGACGACCGAAGAGAAAUCAUGGGCUGGGUUGACGAUUUGCUGUCGUGA